AGCAGGCGGUCAUUACGACCCGAUGCGAUUCGGUGGUCAACGACGCUGCAUCGAAAGCAGCGAUGACAACGAUUCAAUUGAUUCGAUGUCAAUUCAACAAAAAAAUAAGGAAAAAGAAGAGUGGAAAUGGGCACAGUCACUAGCAAGACGUCUGGAACAAGUACUAAACGUCCAUCCUGAAAAAUAUCAAAAUGGAUGCAGCAGUCAACGUCCGAGUCGUCAGCCAUCACCGGUUGAGCAACUUGCCCCGAUUCGGAGUCAUAGUGCCGAUUUUGGCAGAGCCGCUGAAAUGGCAUCUGGCAACAGUGAAGAAGGAAAAGGAAUGCUAUUGAGGAACGGGGACGACCGGAUUCGGCUCCCAAGUCCGCAACGUGGAACUCCUGAUACUUCGAGCACGCAGGGACAUCCUUACACGGAUCAAAUUGUCACAAUAAAUGUGUCCGGGAUGCGGUUUCAAACUUUUGAGAGCACAUUGUCAAGGUACCCAAACUCGUUGCUAGGUGAUCGGAAUAAACGGCAACACUUUUUCGUGUCGGAUACUAACGAAUUUUUCUUUGAUCGGCACAGGACCACUUUUGAAUCAAUUCUCUACAUAUAUCAAAGUGGCGGAAGAGUGAAACGACCUGAAAUUGUGCCGAUUGACAUAUUUUUGAAAGAAAUGCGAUUUUUCCAAAUGGGUGAUGAUCUUCUGGAAGAAUUCUGGAUAGCUGAGGGUUAUGAAAAACCAAAAGAAGUGAUGAUGCCAAAUAAUAAAACCCAAAGAAAAAUAUGGGAACUAAUGGAAUAUCCGGAUAGUUCACUUUCCGCGAGAAUUAUUGCAUUCAUUUCAAUUGCUGUUAUUGCAUUAUCCAUCAUCUCAUUCUGCUGGGAAACAGUACCAUCUGACAUCGAAGAAAAACCAAUCAAUAAUUCAGCAACUGCGGAACUAUUGGAUGAAAUGGACGAAAAACAUUAUUCCCCAUUUUUCUGGAUUGAGCUCAUGUGUAUUUUGUGGUUUACUAUUGAAUUAAUUCUUCGGUUUAUUUCAUGUCCUUGUAAAGUGACAUUUGCCACGUCUGUGUUGAAUAUUAUUGACUUUGUGGCAAUUGCUCCGUUUUUUGUUAACUUUUUCUUCGCGGACACAAGCAAAUCCAAUUCAUCGAUGUCGUUUGCAGUGCUCCGUGUGCUCCGAUUGGUUCGAGUAUUCAGAGUUUUCAAACUUAGUCGACAUUCCGUUGGUCUUCAAAUUCUUGGAAAAACUUUCCGAUCCUCUGUCCAAGAGUUUUGUCUUCUCAUUUUCUUCAUGGCAAUUGCUCUGGUUCUCUUUGCAUCAGGAAUGUAUUUUGCGGAGCAAGGGGAGCCAAACUCAAAGUUCACUUCAAUUCCAGCAAGCUUCUGGUUUGUACUGGUCACAAUGACAACAGUCGGAUAUGGAGAUUUGGUUCCGCUGAGUCCAUUUGGAAAAGUUGUGGGCGGUAUGUGCGCAAUGAUUGGUGUCUUGACAUUGGCACUUCCAGUUCCUAUUAUUGUUGCAAAUUUCAAACACUUCUACCGACAAGAAAACCGUCUUGCCUCGAUGAAAUCAAAGGGUGACGAUGCAGACGACGACAUCGCAUGACGGUGUGAAGGCCUUGAGACGAGUUGUGAACCAGAAGUACGCAGUUGCUCCGAGAGCUCGUCAUCACGUGGUGGAUCUUCUGCAUUGUUAGCUCCAUCAAGCACUUCAGCACUCAGCAGUCGAAGGCCAUCGACAUUGUUUUCAAUUUGACAGUUUUAUUGUCAACCAUUUUCCAAUAUUUUUCUUAAAAUGCGGGUACUCUUGUCAUCGAUUCUCCCCUCUCAAUAUCUUCUUCCUCUCUGAUUUGGAAUUCCGGUGAUUGCGUUUUUCAAUAAAUAAUGCACAUUUU